GGUAACACCCUUUGCGCCUGUAACUUUCGGUGCCACACGCAAAGCUGUCCGGUGGUCAGGUUGGACAGCAAUGGAAGUCAGACCGAGUCGAGGCAGAGGAGGCAGUUGGAAAAGAGGCGGCCGUGGAGGAAACGACAACGACAACUUCGGCGGUGAACGCAGAGGAAGAGGCAGGGGAGGCCAACACCGCGGCCGGGGGAAAAAGGACCACCACCGCGGUCGUGGACGAGGAGGAGACACUCAUGGAACGGCGUUCCGACACCGGGACCAAGAUGACGAGGACCACUUCCAUGCAGAGGAUCAGAGGGCAGUUUUCUCCAGGAGGACUCUGGAGUCCAAUUGGGAGCGUUAUGAGGACUCUGAGAAGCAGGAAGUCGUGGAUGACAUCCCCACUCAAAGAGGCACGGACUACCACGUCCUCCUGGCGUCUGCAGGAGAUUCCUUCACUCAGUUCCGCUUUUCCGAAGAGAAAGAUUGGGAGAAGGACACAUUUUCAUGCAGUCAGAUGUCUGCCUGCUUUGUGGACCUCCAAGCUUUGGCCCAGACCCUUGAACAAGUGUCUCUACAUCAGAGACUCAACCUGGAGGCUGAGCUGGUUCAGGUUUCAAUGCCAGUAGACCUUCCCGCCAUGACGUUCAAACAGGAAAAGGCCAAAAUGGUCGUCUUCGCACCUCCGCCCGUAGCUUCAGAAGUCCCAAACAACAGUUCUAGUCCCUCCAAGUCUUCCAGUCUUCCUGCCAGCGCUGACCCUCAGCGUCCCUCGGGUGCUGCUGCUGCCGACGCCGUGGAUGAAGAGCUGGACCAGCUGCUGGCUUUAGCCAAACCAGCGUGUGACGUCCCAGGAGGCCCGCCUGUCAGCACGGAGAACGCUGCUCCGCUUCAGAAAGAGUGCCCCGCUGUGACCGAGGAGCCAAUAGAAGAGACGAGCCAUGAGCAGGGUGCUCCUGUCAAGCAGGACAUGACGGAGGAGGACUUGGAGGACUGGUUGGACCGCAUGAUCUCCUGACCUCCACCAUCAUGAGGAACAUCCAGGAUGAAGCUCCCCGAAGGCGUCGAUGAUCAAACCUGCAGGAGGACAUUGAACGCAACACGGACGGGACAAGCGUGCCAUUUGCUCUCAGGCGAGACGACCGCUACCUUGAAUGAUGGCCAGCAGGAUGACGAUGACGAAAAAGAAGAAGGUGAUGUCAAAGAGGAUGCGGUAGAGUUCAUAGGGGUCACCGGCGGGGUCCUCCAGCUCGUCUCCGAUCCCUCCUCCGGCUCGUACGCCCACGUACAUGUGGAACAAAUAACACUGAUGGGGGGAAAUAUAUUUUGUUGAUGAUUGUGAGGUGGAUCAAAGUGCAGCUUCAUUCGUUCUAGGAAAGUAUUACUUAAUAAAAGCCUGAGGAAUCUUCUCACUGGUUUGUGUUUAAAAAGUUAAAUACACAAUGGAGGAUGUGUUGUGUGUCUCUCUCACACUCACACACACACAACCUGCAUUGUCAAGAUGUAAUUACAUAUCUUGUAACCUCACAUUGUGAAUUAUUGC